UCUUGUGUUCUGCAGUGAGGGGCUACUGGGUUCUUAUGAGGCUACAGGAAAGUGAUCACGAUCUAUAAUAAUCAGAGAGCAGCAAUGAUGAGGAUGGUAGUUUACAUAGUUUUAUUGUUGUCUGUGUUGAGCACACAGGCACAGGAUUUUAUGUCACCUACAUUAGAUUUCAUUAGUGAACUUAAAAAGAUUACAACUAUGGAGGAAAAGUUUAAUGCUCUUAAUGAUGACAUCAAGGAAUUAAGAAGCAAGAAUGAAGCACUGACUACAAAGCUGAAAACCUUUGAAGAGAAGACAGAGGUUUCAGAAAGGGCAAAAGUAGCAUUUUCAGCUUCACUGUCAGCUUUGGGGAAUGCCCACCGAUUUAUUGGCCCUUAUACAAUAGCAACCACUCUUGUGUAUGAAAAUGCCUUAACUAACAUUGGAAAUGUUUAUGACACCAAUACAGGAAUCUUCACUGCACCAGUAAAAGGAGUUUAUUUCUUCAACUUUGUGGUCUUCAAUCCUCAUGCCAUAUCAACUGGUGUGAGUCUGUUAAAGAACGGCAAUUUUGUGGUCUCAGCAACAGAUAACCCUCCUGGGAUAGACACUGAAGACACUGCAUGCAACUCAGUUAGUCUUAUUCUUGAACAAGGGGACCAGAUAUAUAUUCAGCUCAUGGAGAACCGUCGUAUCUACACAGAUGGAAACAGACGUAACACCUUCAGUGGACACCUUCUUUUUACUAUGUGAAGUUUCUGCCCAUGUAAAUUUCUGAUGGUAUGUUAACCCAAAUGCAGUGUUUUAAUCAGAUACAAAACAUAAAGUAGUAAAAUAAAACUUUCCUGAUGCUGUGAGGGAAGGGGGGAAUAAAUAAAAAAUCAAUGCUUGGCAAGACAAAAAAUUAAAUUAAAUAAAUAAAUAAAAAUCAAAUCAAAAGCGACAAAAAUACAAUAAAGUUUUAAUAUAGCCUACAAAAAUCCUACAAAUGUUUUCACACUCUGCUUUGUAUUAUUGUUUGUUGAUUUUUGUUGUUGACCAUUCAUUAAAUUUAAAGCUUGUGUCAAUGGGUAACAAUGUAAUUGUUUUUGUGUAGACACUUCUUACUUAUCGAAUCGAAUUCCAUGCAUAUUACACGAAUAAAGUCAUAUAUGAAGAAAAUUUUUUAUUUUUUUUUACAUGAUUGAACAAAACAGUGUAGGAUGGUUACUUACUACAACCAUGAAUUACGGAAAUGU